GGCAGAAGCUUCUGUGGCUGUUGAGUUACAGGUGUGUCUGCAGGGAGGACUUCUCCAGCUCCAGCGCUGGAUGCUCAGCCCCAACCCAGCUCCCAUGGCAGGGGUUCUCCGACAGGGAAGAUCCAAGACAGAACAGACCAGAUAUCCCUGGAACCCCCCAAACAGACGAAGCAAGAGCUGAAGGAAAUGUGGCAGGGAGGACAAGAAAUGAAAGGAGAGCCUGUGCACAUGGAAGCAUUACCCAGAGGAAGCAGUGGUUCCAUGCCAGCCUCUGCUGCAGGAAGGGAGGCCAUGCCAGACCCAGGCCCAGGAGUGCCCAGUUCCCUGUGGCAGAAAGGGAUCCCAGCACACCCUGGAAAGUGUUCUCAUCUGUGCUCCGUUCUAGAUGAGGUUGCCGGGAAGGCUUCUCCAUUAGCUUGGAUGAAUAAAGUUUCCAAGCCCUUGGAGCCUCCUGCAGAUGUGUCUACAGGGAGGACUUCUCCAGCUCCUACCUUGGAAGCUGCACAAAAGCCCAGCUCCCAUCAGAGUGUUACUCCAACAGGGAAAAUCCAAGAUACAACAGAUAAGAUAUCCCUGGAACCAUCCAAACAGAUGAGGCAAGAGCUGAAGGAACUCCUGCAGACAAGACAAGAGAUGGACAUAGUGCUUCAGUGGAAGGUGGCAUUUCUUGAAGGAAGCACUCCAUCUUCAGUGCCAGCCUCUGCUGCAGGAAAGAAGGCAAUGCCAGACACGGGCACAGGCACAGCAGACUGGGAUGCUGGGAAGGAUUCUCCGUUAGCCUGGCGCUAUGAAGUUGUGAAACCCUCUGGGCAUUCUGCAGAUGUGUCUGCAGGGACGACUUCACCAACUCCUACCUUGGAUGCUGCACAAAAGGCCAGCUCCCAUCACAGGAGUCCUACGAUAGGAGAGACCAAAGACAUGGCAGGCAAGAAAUUCCAGGACCCAUUAGAAAUCAUGUGGCAAAUGCUGAAGGAACGUCUGCAGAGAAAGCAAGAAAUGAAAGGAGAGCCUGUGCACAUGGAAGCACUUCCCAGAGGAAGCAGUGGUUCCGUGCCAGCCUCUGCUGCAGGAAGGGAGGCUGUACAAGGCACAGGCACAGGAGCUGAACCUGCUGGUGAAGGCCCCACAUCCAGGACGGAGGCUCUGGGAGAUGCUGAGGGUGUGUCUGCAGGGAGGACUUCUUCAGCUCCAGGGCUGGAUGCUUGGCCCCAACACAGCUCCCAUGGCAGGGGUCCUCCAAAAGGAAAGACCCAAGAUACUGCAGCCAAAAAGUCUCAUGAGGCAGAUGAAUUCCUGAGAGAAACACAGAAGGAAGCACCCGGAGGACAAGUGAUGGACCAAAAGGCUGUUCAGGAGGAGGAACAGCCAGGGAGAAGCAGUGGCUCAUUGGCAGCCCUAGCUGCAGGAAGGAAGGCAAUGACAGACACGGGCACAGGCACAGCAGAUGCAGCCGGCACCACAAGACCUGUUCCCAAUGCCCAGGAUGGCCUCAGAAGGGGUUUCUGUCAGGGAACAGGCUGCUGGCUACUGUUACUGGCAAGCGUGCUUUGUUUGGGGCUUGCGUUCAUGUUGUACUGCUUUGGAAUCGGGUAUUCCUGGAAGAGAAAACAGAGCACCUCGGGACAGGAGUUGGAAGACGGUGGCUGCACCUCACAGCCAGACAGCGUGAGCAGCUCCUCCAGCAGCAGGAACAGCCUGGACAGCCCUCUCAAGUGUUCUGUGAAGAGGACCCCAGAACAACAGUCUACGAGGAAGCCUCUUAUUGCCCCAUAGAUCCCACUGCCACCUGCUCUCCCCAUGGGCCUCCCCAAGCUGCCUUCAUCCCUUUUUUUUUCUCUGUCUGUCCCAUCCCAGCCAACCCGAGUUCCUCUAGAGACCCCAGGACCAACCCAGCACCUUCCAGCCCUUCCUGAGACCAACACAUCCCUUCCUCUGCCCCUGAGCCCUCUGGCCUUGCCCUCUAAGAAACACUGAAGGUGACACCCCACCCCACCCUCCCCGCC